AUGCGCAUAUCCAAUCCUAACAUCGUAGCCCCUUGGGGUGGUCAGGGGCGGCCUAUCCUCUCCACCAGUCCGGCCUGGUCUUCAAGGCAGCGGCCUAGGUCGUUGGAUUGGAUUUGCCACAAUGUGUCUCAUAAGCGUUGCUGUCAGCACUGCUGCGCAGUCCCAGCGUCCACCUCAGGCAUCUCGUGAGCCGUGCACCACUGUGGGGAGAGAGAGGCGCGUAGCUGACUUUCGCAGCCUCCUCUAGCAGGCUCCCAGUUGGUGUUGCAGCUACGUAUGCCCUUUCGCGCGCCAGAGCGUUCAAUCUGCCCUCAAAACGACAUCUGUCCACUGCCACGACCUCUGCGCAGAUGGAAGCACGAGCAAGGCUCGAGAGUAACAGCAAAGUCACCUUCCUCUCUCGCCGCUUCGUCCCCACUCUCAAAGCGGACAACGUUGGAUCAGAUGGCGCGAAAGGCGGUAGCAAAUUCAGAGAGAAGGACAGCAGAGCCCGAGAAUCCAUUCAGGCUAGCUCACAAGAUGCUGCACUAGGUGGCUCAUCGGACCUCGACGCAGCUAUGACACUGCUACUAAGAGGCGGCUACGUUCGGCAAUCCUCCUCUGGGAUCUACAGCCUCCUCACACCGGGUCAACGCGUGCAGAACAAGAUCAGCAGGGUCGUCGUAGAGGAGAUGGAGCGCGGACUUCUGGCGCCUGGAACACCUGGCGAAGGGGUCGGAGCUUCGCGCGUUCAGCUACCGACACUGUUACCAUCUACCAACUGGGAGAAAUCGCGAAGGUGGGAAAGCAUGGGUUCGGAUAUGUACAAAUUGAGAGAUAGGCAUGGGAGACAGUGGCUUCUCGCGCCAACUGCUGAGGAGGAGGUCACUGCUUUAGUCGGGAAUAGCGUGAAGAGCGAACGUGACUUGCCGGUCCGGGUCUACCAAAUUUGUGAGCAGCAUUGGGAGUGGCACAGGUCCAUGUUCCUUGAAGAAUGCCAGUGAGAAACGUGCCCAGAAGCUGACAACGAGCCUUCCUCUACAAUGUGCGGUAGCUCGAAAGCACAGAGAUGAGCCUCGUCCACGCCUUGGUCUGAUCAGAACGCGCGAAUUCCUGAUGAAGGAUAUGUACACCUUCGACAAGGACUUAUCGACGGCGGCACACACGUAUCAAACGGUGAGGCGUGCGUACACAAGGACCUUUGACAGACUUCUCGGCACGGGAAGCUGGAAGAGCGUGAGUUGUGUGCAGCAUCGGUUCAGAUGGCUGGCGCCGCUCACCCUCUUUCUGCCACGUGUAGGUAGCCGCCGACACUGGCAGCAUGGGGGGAAGAGAGUCACACGAGUAUCACGUCGAAGAUCGAGGUGAGUAGCCGUUGUGAGCUGAAGCGAAGGAGCCCAAUCUGACAAUCGUGCUCCAUGUUCAGCUGGCGAGGAUACUCUACUCACCUGCAACGAUGUGUCCUGUGCUUACAGCGCCAAUUCCGAGCUAGCAGACGCCCUUCCAGCGUACACUCGAGGGAAUCUACCGCCCACCAGCGCCGAUGACGUACAAGUCGUCUACUUCUCGCUGCUCGACAACGAUCAUGUGCACUCCACUUCAUCCCGAUCCCGCAGCUCACUAACCACCGAUGCAAUGACAUCAGAGUCCACAGGCCCAGGCGGGUGCGCAUACACGCUGGCUGCUGUGGUGCUGCCUAAGUCACGCACGGUGAAUUCCUCUAAACUGGACCGGCACCUUGCACCCAAUGCGAUCACACUUGAGCAGGUGGCAUCAAGCUGGAAUUGGGAGACGAAGCCUCAGGGUCCUUUGCUCGAUCACGACAAGCUUGCCGUAUGGGUGGACCGCUCGUGCGGUGCACUUGAGCCCGAAGAGCUUGUAGACGCUAUCCGGCUGGGUCUGGGUCCUUUCGCAUCACCUCCUGGAGCAAGCGCAUUCGAUAUAUCUCUCGAGCGGCUGACUCAACUCUUUCCCAUGGAGAGCACGGGAGCUCACGCAGCAGCCCCGGCACUUGCAUCGACACUUUCGAUUAACCAUGCCGAUUUGCUCCAAGCGGAGGAGGGAGAUACGUGCUCUUCUUGCCGUAGAGGAACUCUCAGAGCCUCUCGCGCAGUAGAGAUCGGACAUGCUUUCCUACUAGGCACCAAGUAUUCGGACGCUCUAGAGGUCGGAUUCGUGCCAUCUGGCGACGCUGGCUCUGGCGCCUUGCAACCUUUUCAGAUGGGCUGCUACGGUAUUGGCAUUACUCGUCUGCUAGGCAUCCUUGCUGCAAGAGCUCUUACCCACGGGCGACGAGGCGGGAGAGAGGUUUUCGCGUGGCCAGGACAUCUUGCCCCUUACUCGGUUGGUAUCAUCUUGCUUGACCCUUCAUCCCAGUCGGCGUGGAACGGCGUCUCAGCUUUGGUCGACCUUCUUUCGAGAGAGCGUGGCAGAGAUGGGCAUGAAAGCGGGCUUGAAAAAGCAGACGAGACAUCGCAUCCUCCUUUGCUUUCCGGCGUAGGCGAGCUCAUUCGCGGAGAUGUUGCAAUCGAUGAUCGACCGGCAACGAGGGCGCGAAUGGGCGCCAAGCUUGCAGAAGCUGAUCUGAUGGGCUACCCUUGGACGUUCAUUUUUGGCAAGCGCUUUGCCGAGGCGGGUGAGAUCGAGGUGAGGCAUCGAGGCGAGGUGCAUGGGACCGGCGCGACAGCGGAGGGCUGGCAAGGCUUCGUCAAGCUGCAGGAUCUCCUUGCGAAGGGCCACUUGGCUCGUUGA